AUGAACUCAAGGUAAGGGAGAUAUAGUAGUGUUUUAUCAUUAAUUUUAGUAGAUUCUCAACUCCGAAGUCUUAUCCACGAAGCGCCAGAGCUGAAACCCGGAACCGUGCCAAAGAUGAACUGAAAAGGGUAAUAAAUGCCGUCGAUAAAGUGCGGAAAUGGUAAGUUGAAGUCUUUGUUUAUCGUAUUUUCUCUUUUUAGGAAAGCAAUAAGUUUUAUUAUGGUAUUUUAGGGAAAGACGUUGGGUUUUGCUGAAGGAUAGCACCAUCUACGUCUACAAGUGGGUGCCAGGUAAGGUUUUGAUAGUUGUUUUGACUUCUUUUAAGAUCAGUAGCUAAUGACCUUUAUAUUUAAAGUUUUUAUAAUACUUUUUUGAUGCGCUAAGUUAAUUUGCUUUUAGUCAGUGGUCAAGCUGCUCCAAAAACGAUUGUACAAAAGACAGCUGCCGCUAUCUCAGCGUUGAGCAAUUCCAACGAGAACUCUAACGAUGCCACAAGUAGGUUUUAAAUUUUUAAAUCAAUUAAGCUUUUAGUGUGUUUUACAAGAUUUUUUGAAACAUUUUAUGCUAUAUUUACUGUACCACAUCGAGUAAUUGAUGAGUAUACUUUAUUACCUGUUGGAAAACAUUUACUACUCUGUAACUUUUGAAUGUUAAACGAAAAAUUGCUUCAGACACUAACAGUCAAUUUGGUCUGAAUGAAGAAUCAAAUACCGGCUUUUCGGAAGCCGGCUUCGAAUCGGAUUCCCAAUCGAACCAAGCCAUCUCCAACCUCAGCAGCCAACAGAGUGUCAGUCAGAUGGGAUCUACUGACUUCAGUGCCUUGGUAAGGGAAGAAAAGCAGAGCAAGGGAAAGUAA